AUUGAGCGCUGCAUGCGACGUUUUGUUGUCAGAAUUAUCUCAUCAGCUGUUGUGUGAGCUCGAGCUGUCAAGUGCCAAAGGAGGAAAUACUAGCAAUUUGCGAAGGAACCUGUCAUUUAUCCUGCGAAAGCUGUGUUACAAUGAGCCUGCAGUUAUGUACCAUCAGUCCAGAUCUGAAAGAAUUGCUUCGCAAGUUCCGGUUUCGUCGUGCAACAAACAAUGCUGCAAUAAUAAUGAAAGUAGAUCAGCAGUCAUCCGAAAUCAUCUUGGAUGAAGAACUAGAAGAUAUUGAAGAUAUGGAUGACCUGAGGAAUUCCAUUCCUGAUACCCAGCCCCGUUAUGUGCUCAUUUCAUGGAGAAUUAACCACAGUGAUGGAAGAGUGUCAUUCCCCAUGGCCUUCAUCUUCACCACUCCUAGAGAUUGCCAGCCACAGCUCCAGAUGAUGUAUGCUGGAAGUUACAACUACAUGAUAAAGGAAUGUGACCUUACCAAAGUCUUCCAGGUGCGAGACAUUGAGGAACUUGAUGAGGACUGGAUUCAGAGUAAUCUUAAUAAGUAAAGAUACAUAGGUUAAUUGCACAAAUAUACAUUUAUAUAAGUUUCUAUAUACAGUAUAUUCUUUUUCACAUUAUGCUUUUUAAUGUAAUCAUAAAAAAUAUGAAAAAAUAAUGGAAGAAUUUAUUAUAAAAGGAUAUAAUAAAAUUGUUACAUUAUAAGAAA